GGCUUGGUUGAGGGCGCCCCGCCGAAUUGCCAUGUAGCGAGCCGAAGAAACGGCGCGUCCGGGCCGGGCAGAGGCGAGGGCAGCCGGGCCGGGCCAGGCCGCAUCCCCCCCACCCACCCCCAUGGGCGCGCAGGUCGGACUGCUAUGGAAUAUGACAAGAAGCUGGCUCGUUUCCGGCAGGGCCACCUCAACCCGUUCAACAAGGCCCCGCUGCAAAGCCAGCAUGACCAGAAGACUGGGGAGACUGGAGGGGAGUUUCAGCAGAAAGGCUUGAGGCUGGGCUUGUCCCCCGAGGAGGAGGCUGAGUUCCAGUGUUCAGAGCGCACCAUGGACUUGGGUCUCGCAGAGGAUCACUUCUCACGCCCAGUGGGCUUGUUCCUGGCCUCUGAUGUCGAGCAGCUGCGGCAGGCGAUUGAAGAGUGCAAGCAGAGGAUUUUGGAGCUCCCUGAUAACUCGGAGAAGCAAAAAGAUGCCGUAGUGCGGCUCAUCCAUCUGCGGCUCAAACUCCAGGAGCUGAAGGAUCCCAGUGAGGAUGAGCCCAACAUUCGGGUGAUUCUGGAGCAUCGCUUCUACAAGGAGAAGAGCAAAAGCGUGAAGCAGACCUGUGACAAGUGCAGCACCAUCAUCUGGGGACUCCUCCAGACCUGGUAUACCUGCACAGGUUGUUCCUAUCGCUGCCAUAGCAAGUGCCUGAACCUCAUCACCAAGCCAUGUGUCCGCUCCAAGGUCAGCCACCAGGCUGAGUAUGAGCUCAGCAUCUGCCCAGAGACAGGGUUGGACAGCCAGGACUACCGCUGUGCCGAGUGCCGGGUGCCCAUCUCGCUCCGAGGAGUUCCAAGUGAGGCCCGGCAGUGUGACUACACUGGCCUCUAUUACUGUAGCAACUGCCACUGGAACGACCAAGCUGUCAUCCCUGCCAGGGUCAUCCACAACUGGGACUUUGAACCCCGCAAGGUAUCUCGGUGCAGCAUGCGCUACCUUGUCCUGAUGGUGUCACGGCCGGUACUCAAACUGCGUGAGAUUAACCCUCUUCUGUUCAACUAUGUUGAGGAGCUGGUGGAGAUCCGGAAGCUGCGCCAGGACAUUCUCCUUAUGAAACCAUACUUCAUCACCUGCAAGGAAGCUAUGGAGGCUCGGCUCUUGCUCCAGCUGCAGGAUCGGCAACACUUUGUGGAGAACGACGACAUGUACUCGCUGCAAGACCUGAUUGACAUCAAUGCUGGGCGCCUCAGCUGCUCCCUUACUGAGACCCACACGCUCUUUGCCAAACACAUCAAACUGGAUUGUGAGCGGUGCCAAGCAAAGGGUUUUGUGUGUGAGCUCUGCAAAGAGGGGGACGUGCUCUUUCCCUUUGACAGCCACACCUCCAUGUGCAUGGACUGCUCAGCUGUCUUCCACAGGGACUGUUAUUAUGACAAUUCCACAACGUGUCCCAAGUGUGCUCGGCUAAAUCUGAGAAAGCAGUCGCUGCUCAGAGACCCCAGUGUGGAGCUGCAGGCUUAGAGGUGCCUUUCCUUGGCUGGAGGGAGAUGGCACAAAGGAACAUGGGAAGCCCAGGAUGCUGGGUUUCACCUGUACUUGCCUGGGAAGAGGUCAGCCCAGAUUGGCAAGGAGGAGAACCUUCACAGGAGUGCAGCUGGGAAUGGCUUCUCUAAAGGUUCCGGGAAAUGAUGCUGCAGGACAAGUGUCCUAGACUCUCUCUCACCAGAAGAGCCUUUGAGACUGCUCAGCACAUCAGACUUUGCAGACUCUCCCUACCUGGAAUCAUGAGACUUGAGUUCAAGAAAGCACUGUCCUCACAGGACACAGGUUUUUGGGUGUGAGGAGGACAAGCUUUUGGCCCAGGGUUUAUUCAUGGCAGAUCCUGCUAGGCUGAAAAACAUUGGAGAAAUGGCCAACUGUGAUGCGAAACACUUGCUAGCAGCUUUCCUCGGCUGUUGCUUAUUAAUGCCACCGCUCUAUGCUGGCACAUGACAUUGAGAGUGCCCCUGUGGCUUCCGUUUUGACAGUGAUACAUCAGCGUGGAAGAUGAUCCGAGGCAGGUGGGCUUAGGGAUGAUAUGAUAUCUAGAAUUCAUUCCCACUAACUUAGAUGCAUAAAGUAUCUGUGCUGGAGAUCAGGUAUGUGGGAGAGAAGAGAAGAUGCCCUUUCCUCCUUCACCAUCCCCAUGGCUUUUGGUGAUGGCAACACAAGGACUGGAUAAAUGAUGAACUUGGAACAGACCCCAACAGCCAGUGAGAAGAGACUGGAGUGGGGCACUUCAACCACAGUAAUUUAUCACGAGCACUAAAAUCACUUUAAAUAAAGCCGUGUGAAACUCUG